AGUCACACAGGCCCGGUCCUCAGAAUAAUGGCCGGGGGUCCUUCCUUGACCUGGACGCACUGUGAUGACGUUGUGAACCGUGUGUACCGUACAUAUCGAAGUUUCCUGCGCCCAGUUAGGUGGGCGCUCGCGGCGCGCAAGCGCCUCGCCCCCUUCAUUGUUCUAGGCCCAGAGACCGCAGAAGCUGGGGAGCGCGCACGAUUCAGCUGUUCUGCAGCCAAGAACACGCUGUCUCCACCGUCAAGUUCCAAGAUAUCCCGCCUGGUAGAGGGAGUGGCGUCAGCAAUGCUUCCGCCGCGGGGUGACGUGACUGCCUUAUUCCUCGGGCCUCCGGGCUCGGGAAAGUCCUCGCUAAUUGCAGCGCUUUGCGACAAGAAUGUGGAGACGGUAGAGAUCCCCGAAGGACGGCCGGACUCUGGGAUCCCUAGUUUGAGAGCUGCGGGCCCAGGUCUUUUCCUGGGUGAACUGAGCUGCCCACCCGCGGUGCCGGGGCCCUGGGCGGCGGAGGCCAAUGUGCUGGUAUUGGUGCUACCCGGGCACGAGGGGAACGGGGAGCUCUUGGACCCAGCAUUGGCAGAGGCAGCGCGGGCCGCCCUAGCCCGAGGGACCCCGCUGCUUGCUGUGCGGAACCUCCGCCAUGGGGAUUCGCAGAAUGAUGCCCGGGCUCAGACAGCAGCCUUGCUGAACAGCGCCGGGUUAGGAGCGGCCACUCUCUUUGUGCUGCCGGCAGAGUGCUGCAGCAGCGAUUGCUGGGAGGAGCUAGAACGCCUGCGGGUGGCACUGCGGAGCCAGGCGGAGGCGCUGCAGAGGCUCCUGCCACCAGCCCAGGAUGGUUUUGAGGUGCUGGGCGCAGCUGAGCUGGAGGCUGUGCGGGAGGCCUUUGAGACUGGUGGCCUUGAGGCAGCUUUGUCUUGGGUGCGCUCAGGCCUGGAGCGCCUGGGCAGCGCAAGACUGGACCUGGCAGUGACUGGCACAACUGACAUAGGCCUUGUGCUGAACAUGCUACUUGGGUUGGAUCCCAACGACCCUGGUGCAGUGCCUGCUUCUGUACCCACAGUGCCCACCCCCUUCCCAGCACCAGAGCGCCCAAAUGUAGUGCUCUGGACUGUGCCUCUGGGUCCCAUGGGCACUUCCCCUGCUGCUGCCCCUCACCCCACCCACUAUGAUGGCCUCAUCCUCGUCACUCUCGGGGCCCCUACUGAGAAGGACUGGGCCCAGGUCCGCUCCUUGGUGGUACCAGAUGGGCCCCUCGUCUGCGUGCGAACAGAUGGUGAGGGCGAGGAUCCAGAGUCUCUGGAAGAGGAAAAAUUAAAGCCCAGGGAUGCAGACUUACAGAAGAAAGGCGAAGGGGGAUUGGAGAAUGCACCCAGCGACCCAAAGGAAAAACCUGGCACUGGAUCUCAGAAAGCAGGUGGGGAAGAUUCAGAGAAGGCUGGCAGCGAAGGUGCCGGCUUCAAGAAACCAGGCAGUGGGGACUCAGGGGGCACUGGUGCUUUGAGUCCGGAGGACGAGACGUGGGAAGUGCUGGAGGAGGCUCCCCCACCAGUGUUUCCCCUGCGGCCUGGUGGACUCCCCGCGCUGUGCGAAUGGCUGCAGCGUGGGCUUCCGCCAGCCCAGGCUGGGGCACUGCUGCUGGCGCUGCCCCCCACCUCUCCAGGCGCUGCCCGCAGAAAGGCUGCAGCGCUGCGUGCUGGGGCGUGGAGGCCGGCUCUGUUGGCUAGUUUGGCGGCGGCAGCAGCCCCUGUACCAGGGCUAGGCUGGGCGUGCGACGUGGCACUUCUCCGAGGACAGCUGGCUGAGUGGCGGCGGGCUCUGGGGCUUGAACCUGGGGCCCUGGCACGACGUGAGCGUGCCCUGGGCCUGGCUCCUGGGGAGCUGGCCGCCCGUACUCACUUCCCAGGCCCAGUGACACGUGCAGAGGUGGAAGCAAGACUGGGUGCCUGGGCCGGUGAGGGCACUGCUGGUGGCGCAGCGCUGGGUGCACUGUCCUUCCUGUGGCCUGCGGGUGGCGCAGCUGCGACUGGUGGUCUGGGCUACCGCGCAGCCCAUGGUGUCCUGCUGCAGGCACUAGAAGAGAUGCAGGCAGAUGCGGAGGCCGUGCUGGCGCCCCCUGAGCCCACCCAGUGAGGGAUGGGAUGGGAGCCAGGGCUUCUGGGGCUGCGAAACCCAAGCUCUGAUAGAUUGGGGGGGGUGUCUAGUACUCGGAAUUCUGGGGGUUUGGGGAUGCAGGUUCUGAUUUCUACUCAUCUGGAUUUGUGUAGGGGAAUAGAGUCUAGGGGGCAGGACUCCUGAUUUCUCUGUAGACCAGGGAGUAGGCCAUCCAGACCCUUGUCCUGAAGGGAGUUGGGGACCUGGAGUCCUAGAAGCAGGGUGCAUCUUGGUCUCCAACUGGAGUUUUGGGGCCUCACCAGGGAAGUAAGGCUAGAAUGCCUUGAUUCCUAACAGGGGAGAUCUUGGGCUCCAUAUUGGGAAAGUAGGUCUGGGUUUUCCAGAAGCCAGAACCCUUGAAUCUGGCCUUCAAAGGGAAACAAGAUCUGCUUCCUUGAAGGAAAAGGCCUAUACACAGCCUCCCAGGAUGCCGAGGGACAGUGGCUUUGAAUCUUCUGUGGGGUGGGAUUUGUGUGUCUGAGGUCUCAGGUUCCUGAUUUGCAGGGGCUGUGGGCCUUAGUUGCUAAUUCUUGGAUGAUUGAAGGGCUAAAUAUGGAAAAGGGAACAGGGAGCCUACAGGAGACAGUCCAAGACUCCAUGGUCUUUUGGAAGUGAAUGGGUGUCUUGUAUUUUGUUCUCCAAGGGUCUAGUGUAGGAAGAAUGAUCCCAGAAAAGUAGCAAGUGGGCAAGAGGUAUGUGCAUGGUGGGCUCUGGGGUAGCCUGAGUUCUAGGUGUGGCAGAGCAGGAACCUCUACUUCAGACAUACCUCUCACCUCUCCCUAAUAUACUUGGAUCCUGGCAGCUGCUCCCAGGAAUUUGGGAAGGGGUACGCCUACCCAUUGUCUAGGUGCUUGGUGAUUCAGGGUGUCUCCAGGGUAGGUGUACCUCUGUCUUUCCUUUACGGUUCUAUUACCUUUUUUGUUCAUUUGGUUUCGGUCUUGCUUUCUUCUGUCAUAAUAGCCUUAACCCUUUUUUGCUUUGGCGUUUUGUGCACCUGGUUUUUAGAGAAGCAGCUGUACUGCUGCACUAGUCCAAACAUUUUUGUGUGGCCUUCUCGGAUAUUCCUAAGAGACUCUGCCUUCUGGUGUACACAGAGGGUGCUGCAGCCAGUAGCAUUGCCACAGAACGGCUGUGCAGGUAGGUAGUCCAGAUGGUGAGAAUAUGUCAGGGGUGAGGCAAAGGCAGAAACUGCAGUGCCUGCGUGCCUGCGUGUUUUAAGCUAACUAUGUGUAGGCAGGAAACCUGAAAUUAUAAAGUGUCAAAAAACAAAGGGAGGAUCUAACAGAUGGGAAGAGCAAGUCCAGAGGGCAGGCAAGAGGCCCAAUAGCCCUAGGACGGCUUCGUGUGGUCUGGUUCCUGCCUCUUCUCAUUCUUUGCCCUAUCCCAUUCCCAAUGAGCCUGAUAGGUUCUUCAGAUAGAGUAGAAUCUUGAGUCCUGCCUCAGGACCUUUGCACUUGUUAUUUCCCCCUGUAAUACACUGUUUCCAUAUCUUCCCAUGAUUGGCUCCUUGUCCAUCAGGUCUCUACUCAGAUGUCCCCUCAGAAAGGCCUUCCUGACCACCCUAACUGAUGUAUUUUGCACAUCCUCACUACUGGUUCUGGCCAGUUGAUUUACCUUGUAGCAAAUAUCACUAUAAAAAUGACCUUAUUUAUUUAUUUAUUUAUUAUUUACCUGCUUAUUGGCUAUUACCUCUUUGCUUUUCUUGUUCUCUGGUAUGUACUCAAUACCUAGAACAGUAUCUGGCACACAGUAGGUGUUUAGUAAGUAAUAUUUUUAGAUUCACAGAUCAGUAGCAGAAUUAGGGUAAAAUUGAGGGCCGGAGAUAGAGCAGUUGGUAGAGUGCUUGCCUUGCAUGCACAGGGCCCUGGGUUCAGUCCCCAGCACCACACACCAAAAAAAUGAAAUAAGAAGUAGGGUAACAUUUACAGUUUUGGCCUCCCAGAAAGGAGAGAGGAACAAGAUGGAGAGAAGCAAGCAUGGUUACGCCACUCACUCUGUCACUUGGAUCUGUGCCUUAUUUUCCCAUCUGUGAAAUGAAAGGGCUGGAUGAGAACCAUGAAUGCAUCCGAGAUCCUAUUUUCCUGGACAGCUGAAAAUAAGGGUUACUGAUCUAAGGGACAGAUAGCUGGGGGACAGUACCCCCAUCUUCUGCUUAAUCUUACCACUGGUACAAAUUGUCCCACCAAAGUCAAAUGGCCAUGAUUGACUUGGUGCUAAAUGGCUCUAGGCUUCGUGUACAGAACUCACUCAGCCUUAGAAAGAUUGAUUUUAAUAUAUUUUGAUUAAUCCAAUGUCCCCCAAAUAUUAUCAUUUCAACACAUAAUAUGUUAAAGGUAGUAAUGAGAUAGUUUACAUUCAUUUAGUUCAGGAUCCAUUUUUGUAUUUUAAACCUAGAGCAUCUCAAUUCAGAUAAUAAAUUUUUAUUAGAAAAGUUUGACCUCUUUAAAUUUCAUAAAAUUCAGGCUGGGCACAGUGGUACAUACCUGUAAUCCCAGCUACUCAGGAGGCUGAGGCAGGAGGAUUGCAAGAAGGCCAGCCUCAGCUAUUAUAUGAGACCCUACAUCAAAGAAGGUAAAGAGCUGGGAGUUUAGCUUGGUAGAAUGCCCUGGGGUUCAAUCCCGAGUAUUGAAAAAAGUAAAAUUCAUAGGUGACAUAGAUUCAUAUACCCAAGAUCAAAUUAUAUUUAAUACUUCUUUGAUAACUGAGAUGAGUGUUAAAAGUAAAUAAAAUUAGGAGCUAGGAUUGUGGCUCGGUGGUAGAUCACUUGCCUGGAUGUGUGAGGCACUGAGUUCAAUCCUCAGCACCACAUAAAAACAAAUAAAAUAAAGAUAUUAUGUCCAUCUACAACUAAAAAAAAAAAUUAAGUAAAUAAAAUUAAAAAUUCCAUUUCUCAGCUUCAUUACCACAUUUCAAGGGCUCAGUAGCCACUUGUGGUUAGUGACUACAAUGUUGACCAGUAUCAAUAUAGAACAUUUUUGUGACUACAGGAAACUUACUAGCAUAGCUGUAGGGUGAGACAGGCCUGCUGAUUUUGGGCGUGAUCUUGGGGAAGUCAUUCAGCAAAUGGCAUCUACCUCAUACAGGUUAUGAGAGUUUCCUGUAUGGAUAUACGUGUAAGUGUGUGUGCAGCAUGCUACAGACCCUCCUGAGAGGGUGGCCUGGGAGCUCAGUCCUCUUGCUUUUGCCCACACAUCUUCAUUCCUGAGCAGCAUGAAAAUGUCUCUAGCUUAGGCACCUGUCACCCCCAAGCCUUUGCUCAGAUUGUCUUGUAGACAACUCUGUUCUGUGCUUUGUUGCUUUUAUUCCCUGUGCCCUAGUGCCAGAGAGGAUAUCAAAGAAAACAAGACAAUUUGUGUGUGUGUGUGUGUGUGUGUUGAGUGCCAGUUACAUUUAUAUAGUUGUAUGUUGGCACCUUUGGGUUUCAUUGCUUCUGUUUUCGGUGCUUGCUUCUACGAUUUUGGGUCCCCCUGCCCCUGGGGGAUUGAACCUAGGACCUCAGAUCCUGGGUUCUGCUGGGUAAGUGCUCUACCACUGACCUACAUCCCCAGCCCUGGUGGCCUUUAAUCAUGACUUGAUGGAUUCAGUUUAGGAAUUGCAGAGUCAUAAGGUUGUGUGAGUGAGGUAUCUGUCCCUGGGAGCAUCCAAGGAGGAAAGGCUAAAAUUCCCUGUGGACAGAUCACAGACUGCCAUGGGAUGGGUCUAAUGUGGCAUCCCAGGGCUGGGAGACCUGGGAAUGUGUGAUGUACCUUGGUGUUGCCAUUGCCAAAGCAGAAAAGACCCCCAAAACAUGGGAGAAUGAAUGAGACACCCUCAUCACCGUAGCAGAGCUUUGCAUUUCUGGGUCAUGGUGGGGCUUGUGUCCAUUGCAGUGGGGAACCAGGAAGGACAAAUCAAGGGUAUGGUGACCUAUGGUGUUUUUUGGAGGAAUGAAUAAAAAUGUGUAGAAAUCCUAUUGUGUGUUCUUUGGGGGUUUGAGUGGGGGAAAUGCUGAGCCUCCUGACUAGGCUGGGAGCCUGGACUCCUGGGGCCGAGGGUAGGGGAAAGAUGAUGGGGAAUCUGUCCAGAGAACAAUUCCUUAGGCUCUGAUUAGAAGCUUUUAUCUGCAGGAUCUGAGUUUCGCUGUCCUGGAAGGUGACUGUUAGGACCUUAAAGGUUUGUGAUGGUCAAGCACAUUUACUCCAGACCAGCAUGUCACAUUAAUGUCCCCAGUUUGUUCAGCCUCUCUGUAGCGUGGCCUUGGAUUGUCCUCUCUUGUCUCAUCCACUGGGGCAACAGCAAAUUUGAUGCAAGAAGAGAUUUUAAAAGUGCUCAUGCAUCUUGACUUCCUUCUGCUGUCCCUGGGACCCCUGCCCCCAUUGCCAAAUUAAGAAGCCUAGGCUCACUUGCUAGGUAAUGAAGACACAUGUAGCCCAGUUGUCCUUGGCACCUCAACUCAGCCAGCCAACACUCAGAAACACAUCUGCCUAAUCAACUGGCAGCUGAGACCAGCAGAAGAAUCGCCCAGCUGGUCCCUGACCGAUUCACCGAUACACAGAAUAAUGAGCUAAAUAAAAGUUGAUUGUUAUAAACUACAGAAUUUUGGAGUGGUUUGUUAUGCAAUGAAAGCCAACAGUCAAACUC